CGCGAUGUCACGGUUGAAGAGCACUACCCAGUCCGAAUGUGCCGUUCAUCUUCAGGCAAAUCUCCCGGCACACAAAGUGACUGCAGUGUGUGUGUGUGUGUGUCGCAGAAGUGCUCUUAGUUAGGGUGGGGAGCCUCCUGUUUUACCCACAACAAGGGAGUCCCAAGCCCAAGACGUGCACACACAAGACGCAGUCCCGAGUUAUAGACCAUGGAGAGGAGGGAGAGCGCGCUGCCCUUGUGCUUGUGCGCGCUGAUCUGCGCGUUUCCUCCUCGCGCUCACGCUCUGAACCUGGACCUGGACAACGUCACGGUCUACUCCGGGCCCGGCGGCAGUUAUUUUGGGUUCUCUGUGGAUUUUCAUCCGUCCAAUGGCAGCGUUGUGAGUGUGGUGGUGGGGGCCCCAAAGGCCAACACGAGCCAGCCCAAUGUGGACGAGGGGGGCGCCGUGUUCCUUUGCCCCUGGACCGAGGAGGGGGGGUCAUGUCAGAGCUUGCCCUUUGACAGGGAAGGUGAUGAAGAACACGCAUUCCACCAUGUACAACUGCAGGAAUUCAAAUCCCACCAGUGGUUUGGAGCCAGUGUGCGAUCUACAGGUACCCACGUCUUGGCGUGCGCGCCGCUUUUCCACUGGAACGCCGUUGGCGCCGCCGAGGAGUCUGGGAAAACCCCGGUGGGGAACUGCCAGAUCAGGGACAUGCGGUCCGGGGAGCUGGCCGACUACUCCCCCUGCAGAGGCAUGCUCACAGACAGCAUCUACAAGGCCAGGAAGAACCAUGGGGACAGGCGGUAUUGUGAAUCAGGAUUCUCCACAGAAGUGACAAAGGAUGGCAAAGUCAUUCUUGGUGCCCCAGGAAGUUUCUACUUUCAAGGUCAGGUUAUGGUCGCAAGUUUGCCCAACAUUCUCAGCAGCAUGACGGGCCAAAGUCCACUGCGUUCAGUGCAGGGAAUGAUCUCCUCCCGAGAAGUUGGUUCUUACGACGCGUACGAGGGUUACUCCGUCGCCUCUGGAGAGUUCACUGGAGACUCCACACCAGACUACGUGGUCGGCCUCCCUAAUGACCAAAAUACGGCUGGUUCGGUUAUAAUCUACAACGGAGAAUCGCAGGUCGAUUUAAAAGUGGUCCACACUUUCUCUGGUACUCAGGUGACUGCGUACUUCGGCCAUUCCGUGGCAGUGACAGACAUCAAUAAUGACGGGCGAGAUGACAUUUUGAUCGGAGCCCCUCUCUACAUGGAGCGGCAGUCCGGCCAGCACCUGCACCAGGUGGGACAGGUGUGGGUGUACCUGCAGCGGGACCACUCUGUCUUCUCCAGCAAGCCAGACCAGAAGCUGACGGGCACCGUGGUGUACGGACGAUUCGGCAGCGCCAUCGCCCCGCUGGGGGACAUCGACAUGGACGGCUUCAACGAUGUUGCAGUGGGGGCUCCCUCGUCCGGGGACCACGGUCAGGUGUUCAUCUUCAUGGGGCAGAGCGACGGGCUGGCGCCCCAGUACGCCCAGGUCCUCCCGAGCCCCUUCAGACCCCCAGGGGGCGCCGCGGCGUUCGGGUUCACCCUCAGGGGCGGCACCGACAUCGACGCCAACGGCUACCCAGAUCUCGUAGUCGGAGCGUGGGGUGCGAGUCAGAUUGCCAUAUACAGGGCCCAAGCCGUAGUAAGGGCUAAAGCACAGCUCUCCCUCCUCCCGGACUUCCUCAAUCCGGACGUGAAAGACUGCCAGCUGCCAAAGACCAGCCAAGAACCUCAGAGUGUCUCCUGCUUCACAGUCAGCCUCUGUAUCAGUGUAUCUGGGCACAGUAUUCCAGAGGAGAUAGUCUUGGACACCGAGCUCCAGCUGGACAAGAUGAAACAGAAAAUGGCCAGAAGAACCCUGUUCCUGCAGUCCAAUCAGCCGCAAGAGCAAUUCUCCCUGACCAUUCAGAGGGAUGUGGGCGUGGCCUGCACAAACCGGACUGCCUACCUGCGGCACGAGUCAGAGAUCAAAGACAAGCUGAGCCCCAUCUUCAUCUCGCUGAACUGCAGCCUGGACGGAUCGACCAACGCCGUGCUGCACGGACAGAGAGCGGCCGUCGCACAGACCCGGAUCAUUCUAGACUGCGGCGAGGACAACGUCUGUGUGCCUGACCUGAGACUGACCGCCACCGCGGACUCCGAUCGGCUCCUCAUCGGCGAGGAGAACCCGGUGCUCCUGGUGGUCGGGGCGGAGAACCGGGGGGAGGGCGCCUACGAGACGGAACUGCAGAUCCGUCCCCCCGCCCACGCCCACUACCAGGGCGUGGUGAGCGACAGAGAGGGCUUCUCCCGGCUGGUGUGUGCACAGAGGAAGGAGAACGGGACCGUGGUCGUGGUCUGCGAUUUGGGAAACCCGAUGAAACAAGGCCAGAAGGUGCAGGCAGGCCUGUUCUUCAGCGCAGGCAACCUGGAGGAGGUGGAGAGCCACGUCUCCUUCCAACUGCAGAUCAAAAGCAAGAACAGCCGCGACCCAGACAGCAACGUCGUCCAUCUGAGUAUCAACGUCAGUGCCACAGCGACUCUCGAAAUGAGGGGGGGCUCCUCGCCCGUGGAGUGUGUGCUGCCCAUCGCUCAGUGGGAACCCCAGGAGGUGCCCUCCACCCUGGCAGAGGUCGGGCCGGUCGUCGAGCACGUCUACGAACUGCGGAACCUGGGUCCCGGGACCGUCAAUGCCAGAAUGGAGGUAGAUUUCCCCUCCCGCCAGCAGGGGGCGUUUCUGCUCUACGUGUUCGCCAACGCCUCAGAGGAGCACGUCACCUGCCGCACCAACUUCUCAGACAUCGACCUCUACAAGCUGGUGAAAUAUGAGGAUUCAAAUACAACCUUCAGCCUCAUCCACCGGAUCGAAAAGCGCAGCGUGGAACAGGAUCGCCAAAGCAAAGAAACCGUCCACGUGAACUGCUCUGGAGAGGUGAAGUGUCUGAGGUUCGAGUGCGAGGCCUCCGGGCUGGAGAGGGGAUCGAGUGCCGUGGUGCGGGUGCUGUCCAGGCUGUGGGUGCACACAUUUUUGGAGAGACCUUAUGAGGAUUACGUCCUUCACUCUACCGCUUCUUUCCAAGUCCUGAGCUUCGUCUCCAAGAUACAGCCGAAGGAGUUUCCCCGCGGACAGGCGAAGACCCAGACCAGCGUGGUGUGGAGGAGUCCGGAUGGGGAAAAGGAGGUGCCGGUGUGGUGGAUUGUGGUGGCCAUCAUCGCUGGUCUCUUACUGCUGGCUGUGCUCAACUUCAUCUUCUGGAAGGUCGGCUUUUUCAAGCGCAAUCGACCCCCAAGUGAUGGGGAGGACGACGACACUCAGGAUCUGAAUGUGGAUCAGUAGUGAGAGGAUACAGAACCCGCUGCUUUAAGAUGAACAUCGUGAAGCAGUCAGCUGGAUUCUCUAAGUGAGAGUGCCACAAUUGGGCCUGGCCGGAUUAAAAAAGCUUCCUGAUGAAAAAACUAGGCGGGUGGACGUAGUUCAGGCAGAGCAUCAAAUUUAGGUGCCUAUUGUUAUUGGACCAAAGUUAGUGCACAAAAGGCCAAAGAAAAUUCUGAGACCAAAAAAAAGGAUUAUUGACAGAUUAGGAUGAAAAUUCUGUGUUUAUCUAUUUCUGCACAGAGUAAGAUGUGUUCCCCUGUGAUUGUAUGUUGACACAUCCACUCAUCAGAUUUGUAUUUGUGCCUGGAUACCUGUGUGUGUGUGUUUGCAGUGCUGCUCAUAAUAUUGUACUGAGCAAAAAUAAUAAUCAAAUGAAAAUCACUAUUUGUUCAUGAAAUGCCAGUAAAUUAAUUCAAAAACCAGACAAGGGAUAACAUAACUUGGGGUGAUGGAACUGUAAUUUGAGACUGCAGUUGGAAUUUAGGAUCUAUUGAAGCUGAAAGAUUAUCAGUCUUGUGGGUAAUUAGCUGUGCCUGUGUUACAUUUAAGGAAUGACUUAUAUAUCGCGUUGUUCAUUGUGCAGAAAAUUUCAGAAAUGUAUUAUUUGAUGUGAAACUAAUUAGGCCAGAAUAACAUUUCUGCACCAGUUGUAAGUUCGCUUAGCAUUAGAGUACUUACAUCAUCAAACAGAACAUGGAACUUGUGAUGUAUUUUUUUGUUUGUAUAUAUUUAGCAGCCAUUUUUCCCAGAUUACUUUGCUAAAAGAUGUACACCUUUAAUUUGGGUUCUUUUACUGUUGUGCAUAUUUGUGUUCAUUUAAGUAAACUUUAAUUCACCUUUGAACUUGUUUGGUUCAAUGGUUGCCAUUAAUCAAUAUCGCAUAAGUGUGUAUUUUUGGUUGAGGCAGCCAGUCUGAGAGAUUUAUUACAUGUAUUACAAUUUUUUGUUUAAAUUAAUAUUGCUUGUGAACUCAACUGUGUGCGAUAAAUGUUGUCCCAUAUUCGAAGAUGGGUAAUAAAUGUAUGUUUUGAGAGAAAA